CCACCCCAGCCCUCGUAUAUAAGAACGGCCGUCGCCGCCACAAUAGUGAAAGGGAAGGCGCGAGACUCUUCUCAUCUUCCUGUGUACUCAACAACGCUCAACUUCGCAAUCAACUCUGCGUGAUGAUGCGUCUGCUAAUACUGCUGGCGCUGACCACGGCGGCCGUCCAGGCCAGGAACAGCUGGUCCUGGGGACCGGACGACUCGUCUGGUGCAGGCUCCGCAACCACCCAUGGCAGAUCGGGGGCGUCUGUCGCAAGAAGCAGUGACCGUGUGGGAAGGACCUCGACCCCAAGUGACGCCGCCGCAUUCCAUCCUUCCUCUUCAGCAGGAGCCCUGGCUGUAGUCUCUCCGCCGUCAGCAGCAGCAUUUACCGCUGAAACGGCUGCGCCACAGCAUGCACUGUUAUCAGCUGCUGUGUCAGCUGCGCCCCUUGUCACAGGAGAACAUCAGCGUGGAGAGACUCGAACCGCCAGGAAGAUCGAGGGCGCCAGCGACGGCCUCGCUGAAGGCAGGUUAUUCGGAAUAAAAGACAAGCUCUGUGAAGUUGGCCUUGGCUUCGAUUGCAAGAAGGGGUAUAAAGGCGGCCUCAGCCACCACGACAUAUCGUACGUGCAGCCCGUGCAGGUGGUGCCUGUAGGUGGCCCUAUUGCUGCCGUGCCAAUUCACCCUGGCAAAGGGUACGGUCAUAAAGGCUACGGCGUUCCUCCUCCUGCGUAUGGCCCACCUCCCCCUAUUUACUCUCCUCCUGUAUACGCCCCUCCUCAGCCCAUAUACGCCCCUCCACAACCUUCCUACGGACCACCUCCUCCAGUGUACGGGCCUCAUAAGUCCAGCUACAGCGAAAGUGUCUACCACGAGGGUUCCUCCCUGGUGAACCACGUCCACACCCACCACCACCUCUAUGAUGGUCCCAACGUCUACGGCAAGGACAACCAUUACAGCGGAACUCAGACGCACAGUAUAUCAUCCAGUCCGUCCUUCACAUCCUUCGACUCCCUGGAACAUGGUAAUAGCUUCGCUGAUUUCUCUCACGGAGGCGUUGACAAGGUAGGGAAACCUCUACCAGUAAUUCCUCCACGGCCAGGCCCUGCAAUUCCUCCUAAUAUAGGCCCAUCUUACUUGGAGGACUGCCAGUGUGUAGACUACCAGUACUGCUCCUCCUUCGACGUCGUCGGCAGAGCGCAGACCGGUGUCCACCCCUUUAUCGACGCCCGCAGUAAGAAGACUGACAUCCUGUCAACAGCCACUGACGAGGACGCUACUACUGGCGAGAAUCAAGUCUUCUCCGCUUCUGAAGGCAAAUCUGUGGUUGUGAACGCUGAAUCAGCAGAGCACAGGGAGAAGACCACUGAGAGGAAGAAGAGAGAUACCGUGGUAUUCAAGGAGAAGCCGAGAGACGCCAGAGACACCAUGGUGUUCAAAGACAACACCAGGACCUCCACCUUCAGCAGACCCGCAGCGCCCUCCAGGCCAGCUAUCGCCACCAGCCGUCAAGGGCUGAGCUCGUACACGCCUGGGCCCAACGGGUGUGCGCCUCGCCACGUAUGCUGCCGCCGGCCAGGGUUCCGCCAGCAGAGGGAGAUCGGGUCAUGUGGCCGCCGGAACUCGGUGGGACUCCUGGGGCGCGUGAAGAACGACAACAUACUGCAGGGAGACACUGAGUUCGGAGAGUACCCGUGGCAGGCGGCCAUCUUGCGCCGGGAGACUGGAGAGAGUGUGUACGUGUGUGGUGCUGCUCUCAUCGACCGACAGAACCUCAUUACAGCUGCCCACUGCAUCACCGGGCUGACCGCAGGGGAGCUGAAGGUGCGCCUGGGAGAGUGGGACGUGGGCGGCGACACGGAAUUCUACCGCUACGUGGAGAGCCCCGUCCUCGCCCUCUACUCCCACCCGGAUUUCUACGCCGGCAACCUCAACAACGACGUCGCCAUCGUCAGAAUACAAACCCCCGUCGAUUUUCUUUCCAAUCCUCACAUCUCGCCCGUGUGCAUGCCUGAGCGCUUCGCUAGUUUCUCUGGUCAGCGAUGCUUCGUGUCGGGCUGGGGUAAGGAUGCCUUUGGCAACCACGGCAACUUCCAGCAUCUCCUGAAGAAGGUCGACCUGCCCGUCGUCGACUACUCGACGUGCGAGUCUGCGCUCCGCCGCACGAGGCUGGGUCCUCAGUUCAGCCUACACGCCGGCAUGAUGUGCGCGGGCGGCGAGGAGGGCAAGGAUGCCUGUGAGGGUGACGGAGGCAGCCCCCUUGUGUGUCAAGGUGCUGACGGCACGGUGCAGCUGGCCGGCCUGGUGUCCUGGGGUGUAGGCUGCGGUCAGCGCGGCGUCCCCGGCGUCUACACCAGCAUUCCCUACUACACGGAAUGGAUCAACUCCGUCACCAGACGUUAAGUCAGCCGUCGGACCCCCGCUGGAUUGUUUGCCCGCCAUUCACCUUUCUACAUGGGAGUCUGCCACUGAUGACUCCCCAUGACUCCCGUAGUCUGUUACUACGCCAGUAGUGUCUACUGUCUCUUCAAUGGCAAACUACUUUUUGCUUUAAUAUGUGACACAGGACCUCUGAACUCUGUGUUCGGUGUCAAAUUCUUACCCCUGCCUUUGUCUGGUGGCGACUUGUCGCGACGCAGCGAGGGGGAAGAGAAUACAAAUGAAGCUGUAUAUUUUUGUAACAGUAAUAUUUUUAAAAUUAAUAAUUUAUACUCAGUGUGUUCAUUCUUUACUGGUUAAAGUCUGAAAGUGUUAACUAGUCUUGUUAGUCUGUGGACCCUCAGAUACAUGCCUUCUUACAGUGCUGUCUUUUGCAUAGUUUUUGUUUAAGUGUUUUAACGUUUCAUAUUUACUCAAUUUAACUCCAAAAUACAGACUUAACUAAAACGUUUCUUCAACCAUCAAAGUUUGGCGUCUAAGAGGAAGUCUGAAAGCCUGGAGAAGCGCCCCGCGCUCAAUCUUGAGCACUUCUCUGCUCGCUUCAACACUUACAGCUGACACACACCUCACACCUGUUGCUCUCUUGCUUAAGUAUGUUGUUAUUUAUACGAGCUUUGUUAAACUUUUCUCUUUGAAGAACAUUAAUACAAAAAACACUUAACAUUUGUCAUUGAGUGUGGUGGAAGCCGAACUAAUGUGUUACUUGUUUAACAAUUGUAUAAUUUAACGUUGAAUUAGUCAGUUUUAUGGUGUUGUGUAUAUUUAAACAGUAUGACACUAAUAUAUAUUAUUGGUUGCAAUACAAGAAAGAUUCGAUGGUGAGUUCAAGUUCUAAGUUAUUGUAUUUACCAAUCAACAAGGUACAAGUAUAUAUAUAUUCAGUCCAGGUGCUAUGGGACUGUAGUGGCUUCAGUCCAGGUGCCAAGGGACUGGAAAGGCUUCAGUCCAAGAGACUGGAGAGGCUUCAGUCCAAGGGACUGGAGAGGCUUCAGUCCAAGAGACUGGAGAGGCUUCAGUCCAAGGGACUGGAGAGGCUUCAGUCCAAGAGACUGGAGAGGCUUCAGUCCAAGGGACUGGAGAGGCUUCAGUCCAAGAGACUGGAGAGGCUUCAGUCCAAGGGACUGGAGAGGCUUCAGUCCAAGAGACUGGAGAGGCUUCAGUCCAAGGGACUGGAGAGGCUUCAGUCCAAGAGACUGGAGAGGCUUCAGUCCAAGGGACUGGAGAGGCUUCAGUCCAAGAGACUGGAGAGGCUUCAGUCCAAGAGACUGGAGAGGCUUCAGUCCAAGAGACUGGAGAGGCUUCAGUCCAAGGGAUUGGAGAGGUUUCAGUCCAGGUGUCAAGGGACUGGAGAAGCUUCAGUCCAGGUGACAAGGGACUGGAGAAGCUUCAGUCCAGGUGACAAGGGACUGGAGAAGCUUCAGUCCAGGUGACAAGGGACUGGAGAAGCUUCAGUCCAGGUGACAAGGGACUGGAGUGCCCCGUAUGAAGCUGUUACGCUCGCUAUGUUUUUACUAAAUAAAAAAAUCUAAGAAU